AUGUAUGCCAAAAGAAUUCAAAAGGAAAUUCAAAAACUUGGAAGUGGAGUUGGUAUUGAUAUUUUCAUAAAUCAACCAAUCAAUAAUUUAGAAACAAUUUAUUGUACAUUACACGGAGCAAGAAAUACAAUCUACUCGGGAGAACAAUAUCUUUUGAAAUUUACAUUUUCCAAUGAUUAUCCAUUGCAAUCACCUGAAGUAGUAUUUGUACCUCCUCACGUUCCUCUCCAUGAACAUGUCUAUACAAAUGGACAUAUUUGCCUUAACAUUUUAUAUGAUGGAUGGACACCUGUGAUGAAUAUUCAGAGUGUUUGCAUGUCGAUUCAAUCCAUGUUGAGUAGUGCAACUCAAAAGAAGAAACCAAUUGAUAAUGAUACUUAUGUAAUGAGUUGUUCACAUUCUCCAAAGAAUACUCGUUGGAAUUUUCAUGAUGAUAAAGUUUAA